AUUUGCAAGCACAGAUAAUCAUCUUCCACUUGGGAAAAAAACCUCCUCCUCAUUGCUUUCCCCAAACCCAGAACUCAGAAGCCAAUGGAUACUGCAAAACCCUAUGGGACCUCCGUUUCUAUCUUCUCCGUUCUCCUCUUUUUCUAUAUAUAGUUAUUUGCCCCGCCUUCCCUUCCCCUUCAACUCUCUUUAGGUACCCUACUCUCUCCUUGCUUAAUUUUUUCCUUAAAGUCUAAGAAAUUUGAUAUUUAAAUAUAGUAAUUAUCAGAAUUAUUAAUAUAUUUUUUAAAAGAUUUGUACUUUUAGUUUCUUGGGGUCUUGUAGUUGUUGGUGAGAGUAGUAAAGUGCAAAUAUAUCCUAGCUUGAGAGUUAUGAACUCAAAGCUAGGGACUUUGGUGCUUUGCGAAAGAAUUUAUAUCAAUGGGUUGCCAAGGCUUAAAACACCUGAACAAGUUUUCCCAUUCUUUGAAGCUCAAACUCUCACCUUCUAACUCCAGUUUUCGUAGACCCCAUGUAAAGGUAUGUUUUCACAGGUGAGUUUUUCUAUUACGAAAAUGGCAAUGCUUUUGACUGCCUUUUCUUACCUAGGCAUGAGGCACUAGCUUUUGAGCUGGAAAUUUAAGAGCCACUGAUGUAUUUUCUUUGCCGGAACGCGUCUCGUGCGAUAGGGAUGUGUCCGCUGGAAAUGUGGGAGAAGAUUGAUAAGGGUGGUUCGUGGGUUCGAUCCAUUUUACCUUUUGACCGCAAGUUGUUAGAUAUAAGAAGGGCUGGUGUAUUCUCAAAAACCCUUGAGCUGUCGAUUGAAGAGGGUUGGUUUUACCAUUUCUGUUCUACCUGUUGUUUUCAGGAGUAACAUGUCAGGUUUUUGGUACUUCAUUUUUAUGUUAGCAAUUUGUUUUGCUAUUGUUCUGCGAUUUUCUCGUAUCGUCAGAUAUUCUUAAUCUUGGGUGUCAUUAUGCCGAGCGUUGCAUCCACUUUGAGCAGGUCUUUGGUAUUUUACUACAGCAGUACCAUGGCGAUUGGGAUCAACCUUGUAAUACUUGUGGUUCCUUUUCAGGGGAUGGAGCUUCUGCCAACAGGUCAAAAGAGCUCGCAUGCAAUUUUCAUGUUGGUUUGGGAACUUUUCUCUUUCGCUACUUGCCCGGAUUGUUGCAUUCAAUACUCAUGGAAAUGGGAAUAAGCAAAGACAUGCAUUAUCCUGUAUGUAUGCUAUAAGUAUUAUGAUAUUGGGCUUGUAUCUCUGUUCUAGAGAAGAUUAUGGUUCUCCUUUGCUUUUGUAAACUAGUUAACAUUUAGGCUCUGUGCAUUUUUCAAGUCUGAAGCUGUAAACUUUGUUACAAAAAAUAGCAGUUGUUUCCUGGAUGCAAGCAAGGGUCCUUAUGUUUAUAGAUCACGUAUGUAAGGCUACCCUAAUUCUCUCUGGUGAUAUGUUUCCAUAGAAGCACUCAACUAAGGGUCCCUAUGCUUAUAGAUCACACAUGUAAGGUUGAAAUUGCUAUGAUGGUAAUUGAAAGUUUAAAUUAAUACCAGUUCCUGUUUAGGCUUGCUUCUAAGGAGCUGAUAUUUCAUCAUGGAACAACUUUAUAGAGUUAUUGCAUCUGUUUGAUGCUCUCAAUCACUACAAAAUGCUUUGCCAAUCUGUGGCUAAUGGUUUUAAUCCAUGGGCCAAACUCUUUCAUGCAGUUGACUGUAGAUUACAUUUUUCGAGCAACUGAAAAAGCUAUUGAACAACAAGUUCUUGUUGGUUUCAUUAUCCUGCUGACCGUGCUUAAUAAGCUUGUUGAAACUGUCCAGCUUCAUGCCUGUGCUGGCAGACAAGGUUCUGCUUUUAGAUAUUCUUUGUUGGAUUCUAUCUUAAUCUUGUUAGUAUCUGUGAAAACUCAAACUUUCACCUAUGAGAACCCUAGUUUCUUGUUACUGAUGUGCUUCUUUGCCAACCUUGUUAGAGGAGUAUCUAGUUCUUUUCUGGACAUGCCUGUACCAUGCUACUUAGUGAUUACACACUUGUCAACUUCUAGUGGUUACAUCUUUGUCUAUACCAUGUUAGAGGAGUCUCUUUUGAAGUGCGAGUAUGUACCUGCAAUGAGUUAAAUUGACAAUAUAUGACCAGUGAAGACAAAAACUGUACCACCUUGCAUCAGACCCAUCUUUUUUCUAUUGUAUGUUGCUCUUACAGGACCUGCUUGAGGACUCUGUCGUUAACAUGCGUGGCCAUGUUUUCUACUAUCAGUGUGUCAGAAUACUUGACAGGAGAUGAUAAUACUUGCCCUGCUUCUGACUGCAAAGAACAACUUGGUUCCGAUGUUGUUUUCUCUGAAGCUACUCUUAGAAGAAGAAUCUCUGACAACCUUGAUGUUAGUUCCUCAAAUUCCACAUUUGAUGAUAAAUCAAUCAGUCCUUCAGCAUGAGUAUAGUUCCUCAAAAAUCAAAGCUGUUCUUGAGGUUCAAUCCCAUUGUAAGGUAGAGAGUCCAAUUUCAGGAUUUAAUGGUUCUACAGGAUCCAGUGCUACGUCGAUGGCAUAUUCAAACUCGUCAACUGAAGGACCAAUAAAAGCAAUUGUUUUCUCCCAGUGGACUAGCAUGUUGGAUUUGGUUGAAAUUUCACUGAAUCAGUAUUGCAUCCAGUAUAGGAGGCUUGAUGGGACACUGACUUUGAGUUCAAGAGACUGGACUGUUAAAGAUUUGAACACUGAUCCCAAGGUCACUGUGAUGCUGAUGUCCUUAACGGCAGGAAUCCUAGGUUUGAACAUGGUUGCUGCAUGUCAUGAAAUCCUUCUGGAUCUUUGGUGGAAUCCAACCACUGAGGAUCAGGCUGUUGAUCGAGCUCAUAGAAUUGCACAGAAAAAUGGUUGCAUCUGCAUUUGGCGAAGAUCAAAGUGGGGGUUCAGCUACUCGUCUUACUGUGGAAGAUCUCGAAGUGGGGGUUCUAGGACACCCCCCCAAUUCAUUCACUUUGCUUCUCAUUGCCAUCUAUUUCUAACUCAACUAGGAAAAGAGUCCAAGAAUUUUGAACAGUUAGGAAGCCAGGAGGAAACCAAUGGCUGCACAUGUGAACACCUGCCCAUAUUGUAGCUCAAAUCAAAAUCGUGGGGACUGGCAUGUUUUUGGGUGUUUUCUUUCUUGUUUUACGAGGGCCAUAAUUGGCAUUUAUGUUCUCUCAUCAAGUGCAGAGGACACCGAAGGCAGAAAUAUUUGUAAAUAUUAUUAUAAUUGCCUAAAAUAUAUCAAGCAAUUAGUUUGUGCAAA